CAGUGUCCAUGAUUUUGUAUCUCAGGUACAUGAUACUAGCAACAACAACAGUGUCAACAUUUGUGAAAUAUGUUUUCUAUGUUACUGACAUGCUUAUGGAGGGACAAUGGGAGAAGAAGCCUGUCUACACGUUCUACUUGGAACUUAUUCGGGACUUGCUUCACUUGUCUCUGUAUUUGUGCUUCUUCCUCGUGAUUUUCACGUACUAUGGUGUGCCAUUGCACUUGAUACGUGAGCUCUAUGAAACAUUUAGGAACUUUAAGAUUCGCAUUGCUGAUUAUAUUCGUUAUCGAAAGCUCACAUCAAACAUGAAUGAUCGAUUCCCAGAUGCUACGCCUGAAGAACUUAAUGCAAGUGAUGCAACUUGUAUCAUUUGCCGUGAAGAGAUGACAACAGCCAAGAAACUAUUAUGUGGACACCUUGUAAAACAUUUGUGA